AUGGCCCAGCUACUCCCUCUGCUGACGGCCCUGGUGCUGUGCAGCUAUGGCCCUGUUGGAUCUCUGGGCUGUGACCUGCCUCACAACUCUGUCCCGCUGAGCAGGACGACCUUGGUGCUUCUGGACCAGAUGAGGAGGGUCUCCCCUGUCUUGUGUCUCAAGGACAGAAGAGACUUCCAGUUCCCGCGGGAGGUGGUGAACGGCAGCCAGUUCCAGAAGAACCAGACCGUGUCUGUCCUGCACGAGAUGCUGCAGCAGAUCUUCAACCUGCUCCACACAGCGCGCUCCUCUGCUGCCUGGAACAACACCCUCCUGGAGGAACUGCACACUGCCCUUCAUCAGCAGCUGCAAGGCCUGGAGACCUGCUUGGUACAGGCCAUGGGAGAGGAAGACUCUGUCCUGACGGCUGACAGCCCAACGCUGAUGCUGAAGAGGUACUUCCAGAGAAUCCGUCUCUACCUGGACGAGAAGAAACACAGUGGCUGUGCCUGGGAACUCGUCAGAAUGGAGAUCAGGAGAGCCUUCUCCUCAACAGCAGACUUGCAGGAAAGCUUAAGAAGCAAGGAUGGAGACCUGGCGUCAUCCUGA